AGCGGAAGCGGAAGUGCGCAGACGGCUGCGGCUGGGCCGAGGGCGGUGCGGGCGCGUCUCUGGCUGUGCUGGCGCAUCUCUAGAUCCUUUCCAGGAGUUCAGUUAUGGGUGUGAGAGGUUUGCAGGGAUUUGUGGGCAGUACCUGCCCACAUAUAUGUACAGUAGUGAAUUUCAAAGAACUGGCAGAACGCCACCGAAACAAGCACCCUGGAGGUACCCCUACCAUUGUGGUUGACGCCAUGUGUUGUCUCAGAUACUGGUAUACUCCUGAAUCUUGGAUCUGCGGCGGCCAGUGGCGGGAGUACUUUUCUGCUUUGCGGGAUUUUGUUAAGACUUUUACAGCUGUUGGCAUCAAGUUGGUGUUCUUCUUUGACGGCACGGUGGAGCAGGGUAAGAGAGAUGAAUGGGUGAGACGAAGACUCAAGAACAGCAGGGAGAUCUCCAGGGUUUUCCAUUACAUCAAGUCACACAAGGAGCAGCCAGGCAGGAACAUGUUCUUCAUCCCAUCGGGGCUGGCCAUCUUCACACGAUUCGCCUUGAAGACUCUGGGUCAGGAAACCCUGUGCUCCUUACAGGAGGCCGACUAUGAGGUGGCGUCUUACGGCCUCCAGAAUAACUGUCUGGGGGUUCUUGGAGAAGACACUGACUACUUAAUUUAUGAUACUUGUCCCUACUUUUCAAUUGGCGAUCUCUGCCUGGAGAGUCUCAGUACUGUCAUGCUCUGUAGAGAGAAGCUCUGUGAGAGUCUGAAUAUCAGCCUGGCAGACCUUCCUCUUCUGGCCUGCCUGCUUGGCAAUGACAUAAUCCCAGAGGGCAUGUUUGAAAGCUUUCGGUACAAAUGCUUAUCUUCCUAUACCUCUGUAAAGGAGAACUUUGACAAAAAGGGUAAUAUUAUCUUAGCUGUAGCAGACCAUAUAUCUAAAGUUCUUCGCUUACAUCAGGGUGAGAAAAAGCUAGAAGAGAUGUUACCUUUGGGACCAAACAAAGCUCUUUUUUAUAAGGGUGUGGCAUCAUAUCUUUUGCCAGGACAGAUAUCUCCGUGGUUUUUCCAAAAACCCAAAGGUUUAAUAACUUUGGACAAGCAGGUGGUAUCCAUGAAUUCAGACCCUGAAUCUGAGCAAGAAGUUCCCAUGUGUACAGACCCUGAAUCCAAGCAAGGAGUUCCCGUGUGUACAGACCCUGAAUCCAAGCAAGGAGUUCCUGUGUGUACAGACCCUGAAUCCAAGCAAGGAGUUCUCAUGUGUACAGACCCUGAAUCCAAGCAAGGAGUUCCCGUGUGUAUGGAUCCUGAAUGCAAGCAAGGAGUUCUCGUGUGUACGGACCCUGAAUCCAAGCAAGGAGUUCCCGUGUGUACAGACCCUGAAUCCAAGCAAGGAGUUCCCAUUUGUAUAGAUCAGGAAUCCAAGCAAGGAGUUCCCAUGUGUACAGACCCUGAAUCCAAGCAAGGAGUUCCCAUGUGUACAGACCCUGAAUCCAAGCAAGGAGUUCCCAUGUGUACAGAUCCUGAAUCCAAGCAAGGAGUUCCCAUGUGUAUAGAUCCUGAAUCCAAGCAAGGAGUUCCCAUUUGUAUAGACCCUGAAACCAAGCAAGGAGUUCCCAUGUGUAUAGAUCCUGAAUCCAAGCAAGGAGUUCACUCUAAAUCUAAGCAAGAAGUUCCCAUGUGUACACACACUGAAAUCAAGCAGAAGUUACGUCUAGGGGCAGAUCCUGAAUUUGAGCUAGAAGCACCCAUGUGUACAGACCCUGCAGUUAAACAACAAGACCUCAUGAAUAUGGAGCCUGAAGUCAAACAAGUAACCAUGGUUUCAGACCCCGAAAUCUUAAAGGUUGCUCGAGCACAGCACGUCCAGGCAGAGAGCUACCUGGUGUACAACAUCAUGAGCAGCGGAGAGAUUGAGUGCAGUAACACGUUGGAGGACGCCCUCGACCAAGCUCUGCCCAGCCAGGCUUUUGUUUACCGCCCAGUGCGGCAGCGCGUUUACUCCCUCUUACUGGGGGACGGCAGAGAUGGCACCAGCACCUGCCCCACUGUCAAGGAGUGGUUUGUGUACUCUGGGAACCCACUGAGGCACCCGGACCUCGUCAGGCCUCUGCAGAUGAACAUUCCAGGGGGAACACCUAAUUUGAAAUCAUUGUGGCUGAACCAAGAGCCAGGAAUACAAGGCCGGCGCUUGGAUGCCCUCCUAGGCUGUUUCGACCUUUCCUCCUCAAGAGAAGAGCUGCAGGCGGUAGAAAACCCCUUUAAAGCGUUGUGCUGCCUCUUGAUCUACCUCUUUGUGCAGGUGGACACUCUUUGCCUGGAGGAUCUGCAUGCUUUUAUUGCUCAGGCCUUGUGCCUCCAAGGAAAGUCAACUGUGCAGCUUGCAGACUUGCAGCUUGAUUACAUCGACCCCCGAGCUGUGCAGCUUGGCUCCCUCCUGGUCCGCGGCCUCACCACUCUGGUCUUGGUCAACAGCGCGUGCGGCUUCCCCUGGAGGAUGAGUGACUUCAUGCCCUGGAAUGUAUUUGACGGGAAGCUGUUUCAUCAGAAGUACCUGCAGGCGGAGAAGGGGUAUACCGUGGAGGCUCUCGUGGAACAAAAUAGGUCCCGGCUGACCAAGUUCCACACACUGAAGUCGGUCGUGUGCAAGGCGUGCGUGAAGGAGAACAGACGCAUCAUCAGCAGGCAGCUUUGGCGCUCACACCAGCCAGGCAGGUGGGGGAGGCAGGGAUCUGGCUCCCACAGGACGAGCUCCGGGUACAGCCGGGCAGGCCAAGGACAGCACUGGAGGGACCAGGGACCAGGAAAUAGACAGUAUGAGCCUGACCAUUGGAGAAGACAUUCAUCCUCUUCUGGACAGCCAGACCCUCCGGCGUGCCUCUGCGUUCAUCUGUCUUGGCUGAAGUACAGAGGGAGACCCGUCCUCACAGGCCUUCAGAUGGAAGGGACGGAGUCACUCUCAGAGCUGUGUGGGUGAUCGGUUGCGCCUCUCAGCUCAGCAGGCGCAGCGCCGGAUCUGGAAGCACGUCGAGCAUGGGCAUCUUCCCGCUCUUGGGUGCCCCUCCCUUGGUCCGUCUUGCUCUGUGGAAGGAUUUUUCCCUCUGCACAGUUGUGGGACACGCUUUGGUCACUUGGACAGCCCUGGUUGUCCAGCAGAGCCAUGCGGGUCCUGUAAACACUCCUCGUGGGCGACCAGAGGUUAGCUGCGUUCAUGCCAGUGCGGGCGUUCUGCAGAUGUGUAAACUCUCAUGACAGACACCAGCUGAAAGGAACAAAUAGGUCUGGAGACCCUGCUGCCAAGGCCUCGCCUAUAAAUGGGGGAAGGGGACUCUGGCACCCUUUCUGCGCCGAGGUUACCGUGGAGGCAGAGAUGCCUGAUCCCUGGAACAGCCUUGGGAACCAGAAGGAAGGGGCGAGUGGGCAGAGGUGCCCAGGAGCCUCAGGACGACGUGGAGGAGGGUGGGGAGCCCCACGUGUGCCAGCAGUCGCUCUGUGGGCUGCACUCCUGGCAUGGCGUCUGCCUGAGGGCCUGCUGUGUCCAGGUCUGGCCACCCAGAGUGUGCUCUGGAGUCGGGCGGCUGGGCCAGGCCCACCCUAGUGCUGGGACGGAACAUGCUUAGCCGAAACUGAAUGGAGGAAGGGUGGCAUGUGCCGUGACCUGGCAGACGGGCCAUGAGGGCAGCACACAGGGAAGAGCGGAUGCAGGACCUGACCCUUGCGCCUCUGAUGCCCACAGGGUCUGGGCUGGACUGUGCACUCCUGCGGUGUGGGAGAGGCUGUCCUCGCAACAGGAGGAGCCGGGUUGGAGGUGAACAGGCUGGUGGUCGCCACAGAGAGCCCCCUCGGUUCCCGAGCUCGCUCAGAAACCUGGCGGGUAUCCGCUGCUGUGUCCAGAUGCUGGGAAGACACUUGCCUUUGAAAGCCUGUAGUCAGGUUGUGUGCAUCAGCCGUGCACAUUCCUUGCGUCUGCUACGGUGCAGCAAGGCUUUCGAUAAAUUAUUACAGAUCUUGUCUACUCAGAAUGUGAUUUUUGGGGUUGUGACACUGACUAGCAGUUUGGAUUUGAGUCUGCAAGGCGUGCAGGUUCUAUCUGGGCGUCUUCCCUCUGUGCAGAUGGCCUCCGCCAGGUGAGCGUCCCUCCUGCGGGACGUGGUCAGAGCAGCCCAGAGCCCCCCAGGUGACGAGGGAAUGGAAAGCACCAGAACCCAGAGCAAGGAGUGGGGGAAGAGCAGAUGUCAAGUAGCAACAGGAGGAAGUCUCAG